AUGGUCCCGAUCGAACCUUACCAAGAACUUCCUAUGGUGAAUCUCGAGGAAGAAGACGUGAAUGACGUCCUCCAAAGAGUCACUGACGAGGGCCAUGGCCAGGGUCAGAAAGCAAGCAUGCUAUUACUAGACGUCGCUGGCGCUUACGACAACGUGUCCCACGAACGUCUUCUUCAUAAUAGCUGCUCAUUCCCGACUGGCUACGGUCACACUGAGGCCUUCGGCUGGGUGGAUGAUGUCUGCAUUCUAGCUGUCUCAAACAGCUAUGAAGAGAACCAAUCCGCGUAUCGAGCCCUCCGCCCAGACGUGGCAGUGCUAGGCGGAGCACCGAUACAACCAUUAGAAUACGCCAAAUACCUCGGCAUUUGGCUUGACAAGCACCUCAAAUUCCACAUACACCGCAAAAAGCUGCUUGCUAAGGCGGCUGGCAGCCUAGAAGCUCUUCGGGGUAUUUCAGGGUCUACGUGGGGUGUAUCCUUGAUAUCCAUGCUGGCUUCGAAGGCCGGUGAUACCGUCAUCUCCGACCGUAGACGUCUCGGUACGGAGAGCCAGUCCACGGUGUACACCGCCGAGCUCAGCGGUAUCGAGAUGGCAUUGGCUAAAACCAUCAGCGACAACAAGUCCAACACGAAUAUCAAUGGAUCAAAGCGAAAAACGGCUCGAGAGGUGAUCAUUCUCUCCGACAGCCAGGCCGCCAUCUAG